AACACUGGGAUCAUAGAAACCCGGACUCCAGUCAUCAUCUUCGAUACUAAACAGGCUUUAAACAGUUUUUAUAACACGAGUAUGGUGGCUGUUUAAAAAAAACAAAAACAACAAGAUGCCGCAGAAAGACACGCUGCUAAAUCUCUUCGCCGGAGGGUGUAGCGGUACGGUGGGAGCCAUCGUGACCUGCCCCCUGGAGGUGUUGAAGACACGAUUGCAGUCUUCUAGCCUCGCCCUCCGACCUGUCUUCCAGGUCCAGCUGGGCACAUUCAAUGGAACCGGAGUUAUCCGACCCGGAACUGUUACGCCGGGACUGCUGCAGGUCCUACGAUCAAUCCUAGAAAAAGAGGGGCCGAGAUCACUUUUCCGUGGCCUGGGGCCGAACCUUGUUGGUGUGGCUCCUUCAAGGGCCAUUUAUUUCGCUGCAUACUCUAAAUCUAAAGAGAUGUUCAAUGGGCUGUUUGUGCCUAACAGUGGUGCGGUGCACAUGUCCUCUGCUGGUGUUGCAGCUUUCGUUACUAACUCUCUGAUGAACCCCAUCUGGAUGGUCAAGACCAGGAUGCAGCUGGAAAAAAAAGCCAGAGGAGAGAAGAAAAUGAACGCACUGCAGUGUGCCCGCUACGUUCACAAAACCGAAGGGAUUCGUGGCUUUUACAGAGGCCUGACCGCAUCAUAUGCCGGCAUCUCAGAGACCAUGAUCUGCUUCCUCAUCUACGAGACACUGAAGAAACAGCUUGCUGAGAGCCAGUUAUCCUCCCGGAAUAACGAAAAGGAAAAAGGAGCGUCAGACUUUCUGGGUCUGAUGUUGGCAGCUGCAUUUUCAAAGGGUUGUGCGUCCUGCAUAGCCUACCCACACGAGGUCAUUCGGACACGGCUGCGUGAGGAGGGCAGCAAGUACAAGUACUUCUUCCAGACCGGGAGGUUAAUAAUGGUGGAGGAAGGCUAUGCAGCUUUUUAUAGAGGACUCAUUCCACAGCUUAUUAGACAAAUCCCCAACACAGCCAUCGUCCUCUCAACAUAUGAACUCAUUGUCCAUCUGCUUGGGGAAUCCAAGUGAUGAAGUGUGAUAAAGUUGGGAUUUUUUCCUGACUAUGGACGCUGAAUAAAACAAAAGCCGGGCGAGAGACUUUGAAUAUGCAGCACAUGCAUUUUUGAUGUGCUGCCACAGAGACUUCACUGAUGGGACUGAAGCAGGUCGUACCUGUUAUCCAAAGAGUUAAACGCAUCAUUUUAUUACAAGCUUAUCGUUAAGAGUUCAGAAUAUUCAGAGUCAGAAAACCCCAAAGUUAUUGUACUUUUGAUUCAAACUCUUAAACCUGUGAAAAAAGGUCAUCUUCUUGGAGGACUAGUGUUAAGUUAACUAAAUUAUUUUAUGUUUUGUUGUUUUAUUUCUGUUUUCUUUUGUCAGACGUAAAUGUACCCACUCACAUGACAGUGCAAUUGGACUCUUUAACUUUGAUGGCGGGAGGUUGUUAAUAUAAAGUGCUAGUUUUAUUGCUGUUCUUGCAAUUUUCUGACAACACAGAUCAUUUUUGGAUUUCUGAUUCACAAAUACACUGCUCUGGUUUUUCGGUUUGAAUAGCAGAGAAAUGUAUCAUAUUUUUCAUUAAUAUAUACAUAAAACAUAAUGCUGUAUAUAUCAGGUUAUCUAUAUGUUUUCUUUGUGAAAGAGAUUUGUCAACUUUUACAGGAUAAUGAGAAGUUGGAUGCUUAUUUGACCAGUGGCUCAAUAAAAUGCAUCAAGAAAAUA